UCUUAUGACGUCACAAUUUCUCGCCGUGCUCUUCCGGGAACGCGUGGAGUCCGUAGAUAAAAUGUAAACAAAUCGCCCACUACCGUACUUUACGUUACAAUACCAUUGAAAAGCGCGACGCUUUGCUCCGCUAAGAGACAUCGGCGAUAUCUAAAUUUUUACUCACAGAAAGCACAAGUAUCUCUCUCGAACGCGCAAUGCUAACGUUAGCAAGGUGACAACUUCUGACGUUCAUAACUCGUGGUCAAGGAGCCAAUAUGUCAGAGGCUGACGACCGAAUGGGUUCUAUUCGGUGGGCUUUUCGCUGCGGGUCGUGGACUCCUGCCAGGGCUGACUGGCUGCUUGCUGCUCGCUGCGUUCAGCCGGAGGAGAAAGACAGAAUAGGAAAGUUUGUUUUCGCGAAAGAUGCCAAAUCAGCAAUGGCUGGCAGGUUGCUGCUUAGGAGAUUCGUGUGCGAGAGGAUGAACAUUCCCUGGGCACAUAUCCGCCUGAAACGAUCUCCGAGAGGGAAGCCUUACCUAGCUGCACCACUUCAAGUCAGCCCAGAUUCGGGAGCGGAACCUCAGACCUGGAGCUUUAACAUCUCUCACCAGGGGGACUAUGCGGUGCUUGCUGCUGAGAAAGGCGUUCAAGUUGGGGUUGACAUCAUGAAGACAGUCAUGCCAGGUAGCAACACAGUGCCCGAGUUCUUCCGCGUCAUGACUCGUCAAUUCACGCCGUACGAGUGGCGCGUCAUCAAGUCAGCUGACUCCGAGCAGCAUCAGCUCGCUAUGUUCUACCGCCACUGGGCCCUGAAGGAGAGUUUCCUCAAGGCCAUCGGCACAGGACUGGGUUUCAAUCUCCAAAGAUUGGAGUUUCAUCUGUCCUCUGAAGCUCUCACACAGGCCCGUGUUCUCUGCCAGACCAGAAUGCAUCUGGAUGAAGAGGCCGAGGAGAGCUGGCUGUUUCAAGAGAGUUUACUUGACGCUGAUCAUCAUGUUGCUGUCGCAUUGGGACACUCGACAAACCCUCCCUCAUCACUUCCUCCACCCACCGCUUUCACACUGCUGACGUUCCCUGACCUCAUCGCUUCAGCCUCACCUCUGACAGAGGAAGACCCCGCCUACUGGGAAAGCUUCCAAACGAAAGCCGAAGCACCUGUGAGACAAAGAUGACAUACAACGCAGACCCCGUUCACUUUGACUCAUUUUUCUGACAUUCAGAGAAUAAUAUUGUCACAUUUGACCAGUUACAGUGUUCCCAAGGACCGCUUGCCAAUACAGACAAACAAAUGUACGCACUGAAAUUCACAGCCUCCGGCAAUUUGGUGCCCUGUUAACGGAACCAUUUUAAAUCUGCUCGAUGCUAUAUGGUAUGCUCUUUGAAAUAUAACUUAGCCGUUGCAAAUAUGCUCUUCUAAGAAUGUCAACAUGGACCUUUUCUUACUGACUAGCACACACCAGGCACUUCAUUAAGGAUUUGUGCCUGCUUGAACGCCUUCAGAACGUUUUUAAUUAUUCAUGGCAUUGAAUACAAUAUGCGCUGCCACGUUCAAGAAAUGACAUAAUAUUUUAAUAUUUCAACUUCAUGACAUGUGAGGUAUCUUUGAAGAAGCAAUGGAGGUUCCUCCAGUCUUCCCCUCAUGGAACGGUAGUGGACAUCAGCACCAUGGAUUCAUGGGUCCAGCUGAAAUAAAUUCGAACCUUAGCACAAUGUCAUUGCGAAAAAGCAGACUCCGAUCACAUUUUCAUCGCUUAUACUCCAGUUUUACACAAGCAGAUUUGAAUUAUGUUUCCUGCUCUUUGCUGACACGAGCAGCAUCAAUGGCCAUUUGCUGCCUAUCCAGCUGGUGCAAUUGCCUCUUGUCGGCAAACUCAUCACCGUCUGAGAUAAGCCCCAGAUGUGGGCGGUGUCCCUAAUGGAAUUGGCGUUUGUAACAAAAAUAAUAACUUCCAUUUCUGGCUGCACGGUUCAAACGCAGAUCCCCUCUUUGCAGCAUCACUGCCUUCUGGGGUGGCAUCACGCACUAAAGAGCCAAAGAAAAAACAAAACAAAACACUUUUAGCCACUGCGAAAGCUCGCUUAGUCAAAGUCUCUGGAGAUUCCUGGUAGUUGUGGAACGUGUCCCCUAAUACGUGGGGGCUUCACUGUAUCAUUUCCUUGGGUUUGCAGCUACUGCAAUCAUUAAGGUCCAGGAUGAUGGCCCUGAAAUCUCCCAACACUCAAAAAGGGGAAAGUCUACUUCUCGACCCUUUUCUGCUUCCAUGUUCAGACACUCUUUCAAGUCAAAGGCUGUACUGAAAUGGCGAUUACAGGCAUAUGCCCGGAAAUCAUCCAUGUCUGCAGACAGAUAAUUGUUUCUAUUUAUACAUGAGUAUGAGUGGCUUUGUAUGUAAAUGCACUCCCUUUUACUGCCCUGAAAGAAAUAGAAAUAGAGGUUGAAAACACACACGCAGUCAAUGCCUCCAGCUGGCCUGAAUUACUUUGCCUCUUGGCCAUUUUAAAUCUUGCACUGAGGUCAGGCUGGAGUCACAUUUGAAAGCGAGCAUAUUUAGUAGCCUCGGGUUUACAAGGCUUAUCAGACCACAGCAAUCUUUUUUUUUUUUUUUUUUCUAUAUGAUGACAAGAGUUCAUUGGAGAGGGGGAAACAUUCCAUCCAAGCGUAGUAGGAGCACAUUGUGUGCUCUCUGACAGUUUAUGAAUGUUCACUUAUCGUCGUAACAGUGAUCACUGAUACAACAACAUCGUUGAAAAGAAGACCUCUAUUUGGAUCCGGCAACAGCCGGUUUCCAUAUUGGUUGUUGUUCCAGUUCAUUUUACAGUCCCAGAGUCAAUGGAUCGGCCGACCUCGGUGACCACACACACAGAAAGAUUCGUAAUCAUAAAUAUUGAACGUGUUAUGAUUGUCAGCACCGGCGGAUUUCUGUGUUUCCCUCAGUAGCUGAUUACAAUUUGGUCGUGGUUGCCUCAAGUCUAAGUGAACAAGCAAUAAGAACAAAAUUAAUACUAAUAUUAAUAAUAUUAAGAAUCUCACUGAAUCAUACCACAUUUUACAUCUCUCGAUGUGACCUUUGUACGUCAUAUGUCAUUACAAUGACGUAAUGGACAAUAAUCACCUCACUCAGGAUAAAAUUCAGUAUUUUAAGGAAACUCAAUUCAACAUUCCUUUGCCUGUGUAGCUGCUGUUCAAUAUGAAGCCAAACCAAUACAUAUACUAACUAGUGGAGCUAUUUUUAGUCAAACAGGUGUUUCCCCAUCCUGUUUACUCGAUUAACUGUGGCCCAGUUCCAUUUAAUGCACUGCAGCCAUAUCAGCGGGCUCGUGUGUAACACUGAAGCCCUGGCCGGUAUCCUUGUAAUGUAAUACGAGUUUCCCAACAUAACACAAUUAGAAGGAAAAUCAUCCAAUAUGUAGCUCGGCUUCAUUAUUCAGGCCGACUCUUCCUGAAUGUUUAUGUGCAUGUGGGUGCGAUCAGCCAUCACCAUUUGUUUCUUGUGCUUCUGAAAAAUUGCGGCGUGCGGCGAUUAGAAUGUCACGCCACAUUUGGCAUAAUCAAAACACGCACACUGCAAUGAUAUUAGUGGAAAUAGAGCCACAUGUUCACAAAAUUUCCAUUUCACUAGAGCUGUAAUUUGUAUGAAUGGAAAAAGUUCUCUACAGUUCAAUCAAAAGUAAAUUAUACUGACUUAAA